CAGACUCAAACGUUUUGGAGAACGCGAGUAAAUAAUUUACGGACAGCCGUGUCGAGACCUUUAAAUAGACGCACAAAAGCAGCUCCUCAAGGCGUUCCGUUUGCAAAAGAAGUUUUGGCGCGAGUGUGCGGUGUGGAAGGAUACGGGGGGUUUGACGGCGGUAUAAAUUGGAAGCGCUUCAGCGUCACACCCACCCGUACUCCCAAUGCAGAGAGCUGCAGUCUGCUGCUGGUAAUUGCUACUUUGGGAUUCGUUAGUGGAAAAAAAAAAAAGACGUGGAAAAAAUUAAGCACUCGCUUUUAGAGUCGCGUCUUUUUAGCUGAAAGCUGUUUCUUGUUUCCUGCUUGCCAGUGUUGCAAAAAGUGUUUUGCUUGACUCGCCAGCAUGCCUCAAAGCUUUUCCCCUUGUCGGGAAUGGGACUACGAAGCCGAGCCUCUUCUUUUCGACGAGGAGUUUUGCCAGAACUUGAUGAAAGACCUGGAGAUGAUCCCCACGCCCCCGCAGUCCCCUCCCACCAAGCCGGGCUUCGCUGAAUCCCUCUCCAGCCUCUUCCCGUCCAACCUGGACCAGCUGGAGUUUGUGUCCGAGAUGCUUUUCGAAGAUCAGGACUUUAUUCACCAGGAUUUCUACUGGGGCAGCGACUUCAACAGCAGCAGCAGCAGUAGCCUCAGCCAGGGCAGCAGCGGCACCAGUAAAAACCAGCAGCCAGUGGUUUUGGCUGAUUGCCUGUGGAGCAGCGACGCUGGGAAGAGCGCGCACGAGAAGCUGUCCGCUGGCCUGUCCAGCAGCCCGCUGCUCUCCGAUAUAGACACAAACAUUUUCCAGGACAUUGCUGCCACUACUUUGGAUUGUCACAACGCCACCCUGGACUGCCAGCAGCUGGGCACAGAGCUGCAGGACAACUUGGAGCAGAGUUCAUCCGAGUACGACAGCUCCCUCUCCACUGGGAGCGUGUCAAGCAGCGACUCUGAAGAGGAAGAAAUCGAUGUCGUCACAGUAGAGAAGUGGAAGUCUUCCAAGAGGAGGGUGUGCGCGGCGCAGUCCAGGAGAUCAGAAACCAGGUUCCAGACUCGUGCCGCCAUGAAGAGGUGUCACCUGGAGAUCCAGCUCCAGCACAACUACGCAGCGCCCUGCCCCUCCCUCAAGAAAGCAGAGCAAACGCAUCACAAGCGCAGCAAGCGAGACCACUCCCCCAAACACUGCUUCAGGAGCUCCAGCUCUGCCAAGCCUUCCUCGGACAUGGAGGAGGAGGAGAGGCGGAGGACACACAACGUCAUGGAGAGGCAGAGGAGGAACGAGCUGAAGAACUGCUUCGUCAGGCUGCGGGACAACGUCCCCGAACUGUCCAACAACGACAAAGCCUCCAAGGUGGUCAUCCUCAAAAAGGCCAGCGAGUGCAUCAGGGGGCUGGAGGACGAGAAACAGAAACUCGCAUCCAAGAAAGACAGGCUGAGAAGCCAGCAGGAACAUCUGAAAAGCAGGCUGGAACAGUUGAGACGAGGAAAGUGAACAGUGGGCUGAACAUGAUGCCACGGGAUCCUGGCAUGGAGACAGAACUUGACAUUUCAUUCACCCUCGCCGUUCUGUUAAACGCGAGAUCCUGUGAAUACCUGUGCCACUGUUGGCAACUGUUCACGUUCCUUACAUGUGUAUGGGGGCCUCCACAUCAUAACUUGUGUAGGAUGAUGUAUGUACACCUUGUUUUAUAAGGAGAACAUAAGUGUACAAGUUAGGCAAUUGUACAUAUAGGUUGCUAAUGUUAAGACAUCUUAAAGGGUUAGCCAUCAUUUUGAUUGCCUGCGUUUUGUUUUUUGUAAAUGUAUACAGAUCCAUAUUACUCGUUUUAGAGUACAAGUUGCCAUUAGUAAUUGAUUGAUGGCUGCAUGUCAGUUGACUGGCUGAUGUAUCUCUUAGACAGCAUGUUUUCACUUGUGCCUUUUUAAAAGCUUCUAAUUCAGUUUUGUUGCUGGUUUGUAGUUUUUCUAUUAAACUGUUCUGCAUGUUUUUGUUUGUUUGUUUUGGGCUGGAACCCAAGUUUAAAGGUUUGAUGCCAGAUUUUGCUAGUCAUGCAUUGCUUUUUGAAGCUUUUACCUGAUUUGAGGUACGGUUUCACAUGCAAUUGUGUGUUUAGUGAUUUGAAAUUGUCAGGUUCUUUAACAGAGUUCUCUUUCCAUAUUCAAGGAUCCUCUUCUCUUGUGUGUGUGUUUUUACCCAAUUGGUAUUAAAAUAGCCCAUAUUAUAUAGCUGUCAGUCCUGUCUAGCUAGGUAUAUUAAUGACGCCUGUAAAUACACUGUCUUACCUAAAGUGCAUAUUCAGACCUGUUUUGAUCAAACUGUAAUGUCACAUUUUUUUUGUUGUCUACCUCAACCAACAAGCAUACUUGGAUAUGGAAAGUGCCAUUUUUCUUUUUUACUGCCUUUUGAAAUAAAUUUAACAAGAAUAUUUGCAUUUCAGACUUGUUUAUAUUUUGUAUAAAGCUGUUCUUAUAAAAAAUCGAUCUGGAUAAUUUAUUUUUUGUUCUCCAUGGACUGUUUUAUCUGUAAACAACCAUGCAAAUUAAAUUAUUUUACAGUGAA